AUGAUCUUCGCAUACGCCCUCGACCACGGGACAAUCCGUCCCAAAAUCGGAAAGACCUGGCUGGAGCCCAAGUUGAAGAAUUACCCAAUACAAGAGCGAUUCGGCCUACUAUUCACCUGCCGACAAAUCUACGCGGAAGCUGCUCUCCUCCCAUACAAGCUCAACACAUUUGUCGUCGGGGGCCACGACCCCAUUGUAAAUCUCAAGACUUUUUUGAGUAGGCGCUCUGAGGCUCAGAGCCAAGCGAAUUCCACCGAAAUGGCGACUCGCGCACAACGGAAGGAGUGGUUAGAGAAAAGCAUGAAUCCUUUAUGUCAAAGGCGGCUGAUGCGAACGCACAUCUCCGAGCGCAAUGCAGCCGCCUCGCCCCUCCUCCGCCUGCCCCCCGAGCUACGAAAUUCGAUAUUCGCCUACGCCCUCUACCACGAGAUAUUCAUUCUCGGUCCCCCAGACUCAUGCGCCUACGUGGUCAAGUCGCGUGACAAGAAUUUACUCAGCCUUCUCUACGUUUGUCGUCAGAUAUAUUCCGAAACGGCAUUCCUGCCGUAUAAGCUAAACAGCUUCGAGAUCUGCCGAAGCAGGCCCGUCAGCUUAGUCGCGUUCCUCAAGCGACGGACGGCUACUCAGAUAGAGCUCAUGCAGGAUCGCAACGCAGACUCUCCUCUCCUUCGCCUCCCCGCCGAACUCCGCAAUCACAUCUUUGCCCUUGCCCUCACUCAGGGAGAUAUCAAGUGGAACUACGGCGCCUGGCUCAAGAACAAGAACUCGGUCAACCUUCUCUACCGCAACGCUACCUCAUCCCCACUCCUCCGUCUUCCCCCCGAGAUCCGCAACCACAUCUUCUCCCUCGCCCUCAAUCACGGCUACAUCCCGAUAACCUUUCCAGAGCGCUCUCAUCGCUGGAAGAUUAAACAAGCUGAACGCCGAGGCUUCGAAUAUCGCUACCACUACAAGCAAUUCUGCAACAUCUUCUACAACCCCAUCAGCUUCUCGGCGAGGUCUUGUUCCUUCAAGCUGAAAAAGCGCCCAGUCCGCAAUUCCAAGCGUCUCAACCACCUCAAGCGCCCCGUCAACCUCCUGUUCGUGUGUCGCCAAAUCCACGCCGAGACCGCACUGCUUCCGUAUAAAGUCAAUACAUGGGUGAUCGAAUUGAACAGGCCCUGGGAGAGGAUAAGAGAAGGGUAUGAGCGGUACUAUUGGCAUGAUCCAAUGCACUUCGUCGAGAGAUUGACCGCAACGCAGAGGGAGGUCAUGGAGAAACGCAACACCAAAUCACCGCUUCUGAGCUUGCCCGCUGAGCUCCGCAAUCAGAUAUUUGCCCUCGCCCUUACACAGCCUACUAUUGAGAUCUUCUGGUGUACUCCGCGCUGGAAGUUCAAGUUCCAUGAGGAUUGUCGGCCACACUACGUUCGACAACCGCUCAACCUCCUCUUCGUGUGUCGACAAACCCAUGCUGAGACUGCAACUCUUCCCUACAAGCUCAAUACAUUUGCUGUAGAGUGGGUUUACCAGCGUAAGCCUCCAAGGAACUUUCUUCACCAGAGGACAGCGGCACAGAGGGAAGUGAUGGGCAGUGUCAGUCAGCGAAAUGCGGUUUCUGAAAAAGCCGGGAAGCCUAGGUCCGCAACAGAAUGGAUGGCUCUUAUGGAAACGGGAAGUUAUGAGGCUCUGCGCCUAAAUAUGAAGGUGUGGUAG